CCCGACCCGACCGAAUUACCGACCCAACCCGACCCGAAUUACCCGACCUGGUUGUGUUUUAAAACGGAAACGGAAUACCCGUUAUCCGAUUUGUUUUUAAACGGGUAUUACCCGUUUACCCGAUUUCAUCUAAAAUCUUACAGAAUACCGCUCGAGUCGACACUCUCCCUCGCAGCCGCUCUCCUCCAUCGCAGCUCUCUCCAUCGCAGCUGACUCUCGCAGAUCUCACUCUCUCCAUUGCAACUCGAGCGGAAAGGGAAUAUGCCUUCAUCUGGGUCUGAAUCAAUGCCCAAUGUGAUUCAUUUGGAUAGUACUCAGCCUCCAACUUUGGAUAGCUCUCUCCCAACAACUAGUCCUCAAGUUCGCCCUCCUAUCACAAGAAAACGGGGAAGAUCAGAUGUAUGGCAACACUUUAUGAGGAUUGAGAAUGUCAAGGAUCCCAAUGAGCCCAAAGCCACGUGCGAUUAUUGUGGUAAAGUUUUGUUAUGUCAUCCUAAAAAACAAGGUACUUCAUCUUUGAAGUACCAUUAUCAGACAUGUAAAGUCUUUAAUGCUAGUGGAGUUGGAAGGGAUAACCCCCAAUCAAAAAUGACCGGGACUAGGAAGACGGGGGUGGAUGGUACAACUAGUAGUCCUAGUGUUGGACUUGCUAAGUACAAUGAACAGAAAAUACGAUCGGCGGUAGCUAAAAUGAUAAUCAUGGAUGAGUUACCGUUUAGAUUUGUAGAAAAACAAGAUUUUAAAGACUUUAUGACCGUAGUUGAGCCUAGAUUUCCAAUCCCCUCUCGCAUUACUAUUAUGCGAGAUUGUAUGAAGAUGUACAUGUUAGAAAAAGAUAAGUUGAAGAACAUGUUCAUGGCAUCUGAUUAUAAGAUUUGCAUCACUACUGACAUGUGGACAUCAAUUCAAAAUCUUAACUAUAUGUGCAUAACAGCCCAUUUUAUUGAUGAUGAUUAGAUCUUGCAUAAGAGGAUUAUAGAUUUUAAG